AUGUCAAUUUCAAAUACAGAAAAGGAGAUAGAAUGUGUUAUUCAUUGGUUCAGUGGAUGGAGUGGGAUGCAGAAAGGUGACUUCUUGAAAGACUUAGUUGACAAGGCAAACCCCGUGUCUAUAGAGACGUUGUUUGAUUCAAUGCAUCAGCUUAAAGUGAAUGAUCGCCCACCAAGUAUUUUUCAGUGCCAGCUUAAACUCUUUACACAGUGGUUUGAAUCUUGGACAGAAAGUGAUAGAAAUAAUUUGAUAAUCAAACUUCAAGAAGUUAGCCCAGACUUUGUUAGGCAGUUUAAUGAAUUAGUAUCUACAGCAUCGUGA